UACUACCAUUGUGUGAGUUCCGCGGGGUUGGUACUCCAUCAUGCGGAUAAGAGUCACAAAACUUUUCAGCUGAAGUCGAAGUAAUCCGUCAUCCUGUUCCAUUGUAUCUUCUUGUACAUCCUUCAAAGCCAACAAUGCUCGACCAGACGCCGGCCAUUGACCUCGGUGGUCUUACCUACGUGUUUCCCAGCGGAAUUGUGGGUCUCCACGACCUCACGCUCUCUCUUCCUCCCCACUCUCGCACGCUACUCGUAGGUGCAAACGGAGCUGGAAAGUCUACCCUUCUCAAAAUUCUCGCCGGAAAAACGCUUGCCAAAGCGGGAUCUGUCAAGAUUCAAGGCAGUGAUCCAUUCCGUGCUCCGCUGGGUGGUAUAACCUAUCUUGGUACUGAAUGGGCUGCCAAUCCAACCGUUCGCUAUGACAUGGCAGUGCCCGUCCUUCUUGCUUCCGUCGGCGGCGACGCGUUUCCUGAGCGCCGCGACGAGCUUAUUGAUAUUCUCGACGUUGACCUUUCCUGGCACAUGCAUGCUGUCUCAGACGGAGAGCGUCGUAGAGUUCAACUCGUCAUGGGACUCCUACGCCCUUGGUCGAUUCUUCUCCUCGAUGAGGUUACUGUGGACCUCGACGUACUUGUGCGUGCCCGCUUGUUGGAUUUCCUCAGAAGAGAGACUCUUGCCCGCGAAUGCGCUGUCGUCUACGCUUCCCAUAUUUUUGAUGGACUCGCCGACUGGCCUACUGACCUAGUCCAUAUCCAUAUGGGUCGCAUCCUCGAACAUGGAUCUCCUUCAGACAUCAUCUCGCGAACUGAGCUGCCUGACAGACCCACGAUUGCGUCUUACAACACCAACUCAGCGCUGCUCGAUCUUGCACUCAAGUGGCUCUCGGAUGAUCUGAAGGACAGAGGACGUCGCACGGAUGUCAAGCGUGUUCGCUGGGAGGAUGUCACUUCGGAUGAAAAAUCCGGCGGUAUGAAGUCAGACGCAUUUGCUGCCUACUUCAAAAUGUCACGCGCUCUUUGAGUAGUCUGAUGACAUAGGAUAUCGGCG